GCAGAGCUCAAUUUCCAAUUCGACCGCCACCGCACUCGAGCCAACGCCGCCAUCAUGGAGCGCUACCAGAAGAUUGAGAAGAAUGGAACGAUCGGAGAGGGCACGUAUGGUGUGGUGUACAAGGCGAAGGAUCUCAAGACGGGACACACGGUUGCAUUGAAGCGAAUCCGGCUCGAAGUCGAAGACGAGGGCAUUCCGUCCACGGCGCUCCGAGAGAUUUCCAUCUUGCGCGAACUUGAGCAUCCCAACAUUGUUCGACUGCUGAAUUGCUUGCAAGACUCGGGCAAACUCUACUUGGUGUUUGAAUUUGUCGACCGAGACUUGAAGCGCCACAUGGACAAAACGCUAGGAACUGUCGAUCCCAUGCUGAUCAAGGCGUACAUGUACCAAUUGCUCAAGGGGUUGGCGUUUUGCCAUGCUCGUGGAGUCAUGCACAGAGACUUGAAGCCGCAAAAUCUACUGGUGAGCGAGUCGGGGACGCUGAAGAUCGCAGAUUUUGGCCUUGCUCGCGCAUUCUCCAUGCCGUCGAGAAAGUACACGCAUGAAGUGGUGACGUUGUGGUACCGCGCCCCAGAAAUCCUCUUGGGCCAAGAAGUGUACUCCCCGCCCGUGGAUAUAUGGUCGUGUGGCGUCAUCUUUGCCGAGCUGAUCAAAAAGAAGGCGCUGUUUCCGGGGGACUCUGAAAUCGAUCAACUUUACCGCAUCUUUCGCAUGUUGGGAACCCCCGACGAAUCCAUUUGGCCGGGGGUGUCUGGGCUACGAGACUACGCGGCCACGUUUCCAAAAUGGCGUCCUCAAGACCUCGAGCCCAUGUUUCCAAAGUUGGACUCUGAUGGCUUGGACUUGCUCAAGAAAAUGCUGGCGUACUCCCCUUCGGAACGAAUCACCGCCAAAGACGCCACGCGUCACCCGUACUUCAACGACUUGCCUUCCGAAUAUAUUUAGACAGGUCUGCAACCUAGACAUGUAUCGGUGGUGAGGCAUGCACUACUCACCGUUGUUGUGUGGUUGAAAUGCUUGUACGUUUCCCAUUUGAACACGAUCCAGUCCACAAUUUCUUUCGUGUGGGUUUCCUGGCGAUGGACAGCUAGGAUGGAGAA